AAGUUCUCCACUUCCUGAGAUUUAAAAGGUGGUUGGCAGUCAACCACCUGGCAACAAUGGAGAUGAAUUCGCUGAAAGUGCUUGGUCUUGCCCGCCCUGUUUAUAAUACUUUAGCAGUAAGGGAUAUAUCAUUUUUUAAGGCGUUUGCAUCGAAUCCACUGGUGGGAAUACUUGGUCGGCUAAAUCAUGUAGCCAUUGCGACUCCAGAUCUGAAGAAAGCCUCCGAGUUCUAUAAGAAUCUUGGGGCUAAAGUUAGCGAAGCUGUGCCUCAAAAAGAGCAUGGUGUAUAUACCGUAUUUGUGGAAUUGCCAAAUGCUAAGCUCGAGCUGCUACAUCCUUUCGGAGAUAAAUCACCGAUCCAGGGCUUCUUGGACAAAAACAAGAAUGGCGGCAUGCACCACAUCUGCAUCGAAGUCAAGAACAUCGCUAAGGCGAUGCAGACAGUGAAAUCGAAAAACAUCCGAACACUGGGUGAAAAGCCAAAGAUUGGAGCUCAUGGCAAGGAUGUAAUCUUCUUGCAUCCGAAAGACUGCGGUGGUGUUUUAAUUGAGCUGGAACAAGAAUGAGCUGUCACUUUCAAUAGAGUCACUUCAGUGUAGUAAUAUCCCCGUACCAGUGGCGUACCCACGAUUUCCGUUCGGAAGGGGGGGGGGGGACAAAAAAACUUUUUUGGAAGAAGGG